UAAUAAAUUAUUAAGUUUAAUAAAUUAUUAAGUUUAAUAAAUUUAUUAAGUUUAAGUUUAUUAAAUUAUUAAGUUUAAUAAAUUUAUUAAGUAUAAUAAAUUAUUAAGUUAAAGUUUAUUAAAUUUCUAAGUUUAUUAAUAAAUCAAUUAAGUUUAUUAAACUUAAUAAAUCAUUAAGUUUAUUAAGUUUAGUAAAUUACAGAUUGACCCCAUCAAGUUAGCUUAAAAUCAAUUAAACCCGAUUAUGAUGUUGCCACCGUAUUAUUAUUUACUUCAUACGUGUGACAUGUAUUAAUAUAAACUUCGUGUAGUUGUUGACACAUUCUCAUACAUUAGAUGAUUUCCAUCAUAUUAUAGUAAACUUCGUGUAGCUAAGAAACUUUUUUUCUUAAUUUUUUUAACUCGUCUUAAGGUAUACUCAAACCUUUUUAACUUUGUUUUGGCUGUUCAAACAUAGUAAAACCGUAUUGCUUCUUUUACUUUGCCUUAAGAAUCAAGUUUUGGAACAACAGUUAAAAAUAAAAUUUUGAACAUUCUACGGAUAAUCCAAAAUCAAGAUGAAACAACCUGAAAGUCAAUGGUAAGCUAAAAAUAAACAACUCACUUUUAGAAUUUUCUCUAAAACUCUCUCAAGCACCAUAAUUCUAUCAAAAAUUCAAAAUUUUCAAGUUGUGCAUUAUCUACUCACUUAAACACAUGGUUUCCCCCGAUUCUGUGAAGGUUUAGUUCGUAUUGACCGCAUUCUGACAUUUCGUCUUAAGAACUCAUUUGUUUUGAGUUUUGGAUUUGGCGAACAUAAGGUUUAAACUCAAUUUGAAUAUUUAAACAUAAAAGAUCGGAGUCGGUUUGAAUUUUAUAGGUUUGGUUCAUGUUCGAAUGCCCUUUAUGUUAUAGACUAAAUGUUUAAGGGGCAGAAUUAAAGGGAGCAUCUAUUACAUAAAGUUUUAUUUUUAUUUUAUUACAUAAAGUAAAACUGGAGUUUUUCUAUCGGAAACAAAUUUAGAUAGAGUUUAGCAUUAAUUUUUUUUGUCUAUUUGAUGAAACGUGCAUUCACAUUCGGAAUUCUUUUUAAAUUAUUAUGUGCUUUUAUGUUUUCUCGUUUUAAUUAUUUAACAAAAAAAAAUACCAGUGAAAAAAAAACCUUCAGUGUUGGCAAAUUAAGAUAUGUAUUCGUUAUGUAACGACAACUUAUAAAAUGACAAUUAAUGUUUGUUUUGUUUUGCUGGAAAUAACCAAAACAUAUACGUCUCCGAGACCAAGAGACACGAUCACGGUUGUUUAUCUUUAAUAUAGGACAACUCUUGAGAAAAUUUUGCAAAUGGAUAUUUUUAUGCAAUUAUCCUAUUUUAUAGAACUUGUUUGUAUUAUAAUUUUACGUAUAGAUCAACCUUUGGUCGUUCAAAUAAUUUUUACACGUUAACUGAACUUUCCAAGAUUUUCCCAUCUACCAAAUUAUAUACUUGAUUUCCAAGAAAGUGAGAUAAGAGCUUAUAAACUUUGUCCCAUACUCAUCUUACUUUAUUGACCAUAGUGUCCCUGAUAUUUUUGGCAUUUUGACACAAUUGACCAGUGUCCCAUACAAAAUCUCACCACAUAAUUUGUAUCAGAUUAUAACAUAAGGGUAUAUGUACAUAUUAUAGCAUAAGGGAAUUUGUAUCCGAUUUACAAAAUACCAUCAUCUUUCAGGUAUGAAAAAGUUAAGUACAAUGUAAAAAGAAGUAACUAAAAUUUAUAAAAGCAAUUUUUUUUAUAAACUAAAUACAUUUGUAAAUCCAAAUUAAAUUAUUAAUUUAAACAUAAAAACAAAAUCAGUAAACAAAAACUUUUUAUGUUUAUUUAUUAUGAAUACUUGUCAUUUAAUUUUAAUUCUAAUUUAAAUAUUAUUCUAGCUUACAUUAUUAAUAUAACUAUAAAUUUCUAAUUAGAAUAAUUUAGUCAUUUAACUUAAGAAAAGGUGUAAUUUUCAACAAAAAAAAUUCCUUAAUUUUAUGUUAUUGUAUUCGAAAGUUUAUUUUCGAUACGGACCAUUAGAAUGACACCAUUGAUUUCAGAUUUAAACUAUUUAACUUGAAUAAUAUCUCUGUGUCGUAACAAUAAUUUUACCUGGAAUUUUGGCCAUGGCUUAGCUACACUCGUUGACAGUGUCACAUAAAUAUAGGAUAUGAAUUUUGUAUACGAUAUGCUGCGACUUAUAUGGAACCUUAGUUUAUAUAGUCGACUGUUUAUAUAGUCAACGAAUAAACAGAAAGUUGGUAGAUGUUGGGUUUUAAUUUGACAAUGUGAAACAAGCCUGAACAUUGACCCUUUAAUCCAUGAAAUUAAUUAACGAUCACAAGUACAUAGUAAUGAAGUAUAUAAUCAAAGCUUAACAUUUACACCAAAAAAGUAUAUAAUCAAAGAUCUUCUGUGAGAGUGAAACCUCAUUAUUAAAAAUUACAAUCAACGAUUACUCUAACCAUAGGAAACUUCGUUUUAUGUUUCUUCUAAUUUGUCGCGAUCCAUCUCAUUCAUUUGAAAACAACAAAGAUUCUGUUACAUGUAAGAUUUUUCUAAAUGUCCAAUAGUAUAAUACAACGUAAUAUUUAAUAUCAACUUUGUGGUUACACCUUCUCAUAUAAUCCACUUUCCAGUUUAUGUGUUCCUCACGCUAUCGAAUACAUGUUUGGAAACCUCGAGAUUUUAAAAAUGAAUCAAAUGAAUAAGUUGAAUUACCUUAUAAUGUAAAUUACUUUGAAAAUAUUGUAUAAGAGGGAUCAUCUAAAUCUGUAUUGAAUAUAGUGUAAAUUACUUUGAAAUCUCUACCAUUUGUCCCUUUUCUUAUAUACACCCAUACAUACUGACAAUAUUGUUGUGUAAUCAAACUGAAAGAUUAAGCAGUAUGCAAUUUUUUUAACAAUACAGAUUAACUUUCAUAAAUAAGUUAUAUUUAUGCAUACAUAUUUUUAAUCAAAUUUAUGUAUACAUAUCUAAUAAUCAGAAACUGAGACAACAUAUAUAUAGAAAAAUACAGUUCCAUUUACAUUUUAACGUAACCAAUAUGUAUAAAAAAACAAAAAGUUAUAUAUUAUGAUACCAUUGGUCAUCUUAACGGAAGUCAAAUCAGCCUUUGGUGAAUUAUUUUUAUUUGCGUAAAUGAUUAAAGUUUAUAGAAAUCAAUUUAAAUUUCAGUGCAAAAAUCCCAAAUCAUGCAUAGAAGCCCGGAAUGUUUCGGUUAGGAGAAUUAGAAGAACAGUAUUCUUUUGAAUUCAAAUGGAGGAGGAAUAAGAGAAAGAGUAGGCUUUGAUUAACCAUGAGAAAUGAAGCAGGUAGAGACUUCUUUGAAUGCGGUGGAAGCAAUCACAUAAUGGUAAAUACAAGAUUCCAAUUUUGAUGAAGAUUGCAAUGAGAACAUUAUUAAGCAUAACUGAAUUAAAUAUUACCUAUAUACACUAUUCAAUGAAAAAAGUUAACUAUGGAAUUUAUUAGUAUGCAUUUAAGCAAAUUUUUCAUCAUAGUUUGUACCAUUUUCUUCAAACUAUAAAGUCUAACCUAAAUAUAUAGCAAAACUGUAAACAUAUAUUAUAUAUGGGAUUUGACCAAAUAAAACAUAUUAGAAUUUUUUUUCUUUUAGCAAUUUCUUCUUACAAAAUAGAUUAUGUGAUUUUCAAUAUUCCGGAACUCUCUAUUUUAACGUGGGAUAAGAUAUUUUCACUUCAUACAGUCUCAUCUCAACAAGACUAUCACCAGUGUAGUCUUGAUGGAGAUGUUCCCUGUGAAUAAAAAUAAGUAUCUCAAAUUUGAGGGAAUAUAACACCAACCAAUUCUGAAUCACUUCGAUAAAAUUUUAAGCUAAAAAGGUGUGUUCUAAUUUGAUAGUCGGUUGUGUGAUAAUCCUAAAUUCGUGAACUGUUCGAGGAAUUUUGGAAGGUAGGUAACUCAGAUUUUGUUUUAUCCAAGAUAAUCCGGAUUAGAACCCAACUGAUGGAGUGGGUGAAGAAACCAAAUGAAUCCGUAAUCAUUCUGGAAAAUCAAAACUGGCUGGAACAAGCUCUAUUCAACAACUUUCCAGAUCCCCAAUUAGUAUAGUCGCUGACCAAGAUGUCGCAAAAAAUGUAUGAAGAGCAUGAACAUUUUUAGAGGCAGAGAAGCAUAAUUCAGUGGUAAACGAUGUAGACCGUUAUUCAAACUUUCUUCCAAAUAUAAAAGAGGCUGUAGAACCCAAAAUAAAUAUUCGGUUAUUGAAGACGAAAUGGAAAUGUUUUUUUGGAAGAAGGACAAAUUGUUUACCUCUUAACAAAAUCAAGAUUUGAGUGUAGUAAAUAAUAAUGCACUAGAGAAAAGGGUUGCUCGAAAAAUGAAUCAGGAUCAUUCCCGACGACUUGGAAAUCAAACAUGCAAUGUUACAUAUCUAUCCAGAUAAAGCACCAAAGCCUGGCGAAUUCUUUGCUGGCUUCUACCAUUAUUUUGGGACAUUAUUGGUGAAAAUGUAUCCAAUGAUAAUGUACAUCUUAAGUCUAGCUCCCUGAACCCAAGAUUUAAUGAGACUCAUGUGUGGUUGAUAUCUAAAGGGUCAUAGGUCAUUGAUUAAGGAAACUGGGUUUCCAUGAGAUUUGGCUUUCAUGGAUAAUAUAAUUGUCUCGUCUAUCUCAUAUUCCUUCUUCUUUAAUGGAUGCCGCAUGGUAAAUUCUACUUGUCACGUGGGAUCCGACAAGGAGACCCCAUUUAUUUGUACAUCUUCACUAUACACGGAGCUACUCUUAAGCUUAUGCAAACAAGCCUAGGAAGUAGGCUCCCUUCUAAGGGUGAAGAAUGGAUGCUAAUUCUAUCCGAUAAGUCACCUUGUUUUGCCGAUGACGUUAUGUUUUUUGGUAAAUCGUACCGGCUAGUGUUCGAGCUCUAAUCUUUAUUCUCCUCCGCUAUGAGAAGGCCUCAGGACAAUGCAAAAACAUGACUAAAUCAACCAUAAUUUUUUUUCUAAAACGUCCUUGGCUCAGAGACUAAAACCAAGUUAAGAGGGAGCUCUACGUCUCUUGUGAAGGUGGAAUUGGGAAAUACCCAAACAUUUUGAACAACAGAAGCAUGACAUCUUUGCUAGUAUUGUGGACCGAGUGAGGCAACGGUCUCACAUCUGGACAUGCUUUUAUUCCAGGGCAGACAAAAUGGUACCCCUCAAAGCAGUAUUAGUGAGAAUACCGAAUUAUGUUAUUUCCUACAUCAAAUUACCUAAGUCCUAAAAAAAUCUAGUUGGUCCUCACAUGCUUUUGGUGGGACGUGAAACAUGAGAUGAAGAAGCUUUGUUGGGUAUCUUAGGAUAAAUUAACCUUUCUAUAGUUUGUGGGAGAUCUUGGGUUCAGAGAUAUUGAGAUCUUUAAUGACUCCAUAUAUACUAUCUUAAAAGAACUUCUCUAUUUAUUGGGCUGGACUCUACUGGAUAAGUACUGUAGGCACGCAUCUUUACUCAAUUGUUCCGCCCCAUAAAAUGCAUCACAUGGAUAGAGGGCCAUUUUUGCUGGACAUGAGGUCCUACAAAAAGGUCUAGGAUGGGUGGUGGGUAGAGGUAACCAAAUCAGUAUAUGGAAUGAGACAUGGAUGUCCAAGAUCCAACCAUUUAGGCCUAUGUGACCUUACUUUUCCAGAGGACAUGAUAACCUCUUUGUCAAUGAACUGAUCUACCUAACAACAAGAGAAUGUAUGGUGGAUGUGAUCAAACUUGAUUUACUUCAGUAAGAGAUUCAGACUUUAAAGCUGGCUUUGAGAUCCAAAGACAUAGAUGCCGAGUUGGAAUCAAGGAUUUAUUCCACCAAAACCGGUUAUGCCCUUGCCAAGCUGAGCUUUACAAUCCAAACAGUGGAUAAAUUCAACUAGAAACAAUGUAUUUGGCAAGUUAAAUGCCUUUCCAAAUUACAAUACUUCAUGUGAAAGCAGAAAAUAAGGCAUUCUCAGUAGGUGAGACCCUUCACCCAAACGCGAAAUGGGUUGGAGCUUUCACAAUAAUGCAUGCAUAAUUAUUAAGAAAUGAUCAUCUCAACACCCCCCCCCCUUUUGCCUUGCUACGGAAGUAUGAACCUUGAAAGUUGUUGUCUCUGAUGCGCUAAUCGCAAGUUUUAAAGACACUAGGGACGUGUCCUUGCUUCGCGUGAAAUAUUAUUUCAUUGUUGUUAAGUAUAAUUUUUUGAUAAUGUAAUUAUGUUGUUUUCUUUAUUUGUUAAAAAAUUAUUUGGUGUUUUUAUUGUGUUAUGUAGUAGUAGGUGAUAUAUUAAUAUAUUAUGUGUUUUUUCUUCAAUAAUAUGUUGUUGUGUGCAUAGUAGUAAUUGUUAAUAGUGAAGUUAGUUUCUAUAUUAAAUUUCAAUAAAUUUUAUGAAUUUGUUGAUUCUAAUAUUAAUGGUUUCGACUUCAAAAUUGUAUUUUAUAAUAUUUUGGAACAUUAUUCUUUUAAGUGUUUUGUGCCCUCUCUCCAUAUUUCGACUGUGAGCCGUCACCAUCUAUGUAUUUCGUUUCUCUUUCCGGUGUGCGGUGCUUCUCACCAUCACCAAAAAAGACUAACCUUCGUGCUCUUGUUCUUCCUCGCCUUUUUCUCCUGUGAGAUUAUCGAAUAUCUGUUGUAGAUCAGAUUUAUGAGUUCCCAGUUGUGCGGUUGUUUCUCAUGCGUUUUAGGCUGUUCAGGUCAAUAUUGGCACUCCUCUUCUUUGGAUUAUGUUAGGAGCUGCAUCCCCUUGGGUUGGAAAAAAGUUUAGUCUUCUUUGAUGUUGUCUUUCUGUCGUCGUUGGUUUGUCGUUGAUAGUCCUUGCUCGUCUUGAGUUUUAAGAUGUGGUUUUUGAUGAUCUGACUUCUAUGCUCUCUUUCAUAGCUUGAGGAUUGUUCUAUGGUUUGCUGAAUUUUUUUCGUUGAUGCAGCUUUCAUCACUGUUUGCAUCUUUGGUGGUUCUCCUUUUCGCUAUGUUUGCCAAUCCAAGUUUGGAUAGUGAUUUCCUUUGUGUAUGCUCAGUUGGCUUAGAUGGUUGUCUCUGGUGUUAAGCUUAGGCCUUGUUUCUCGGUGUUUACCUUCCAGUCUCCCUCUCUCAGCUUGUUUAUCUUGUUCCUCUCUUUUCCUUGGUAUGGGUAUGCCAAGUCAGUCUCUUGGAGCUUUGGUCCUUUAUAUCUAGAGCUGUGUGGUUUUUUGUUGGCAUGGACAUCUUGUCUAUGCUUGUUUAGUUUAUGAGAUGGUUCUUACCUUUUGGCUGCUGGUUGUGCUUCCAGUGAUUUAGGCAUAUAUUUCUUUGCUUCAAGGUGACUUUAGUCUUCCGGUGAUUAUUUUUCCUCUGGCGUUUUUCUUGGUUCUUUGUGUUAGUGUUUGAUUGUGCUUUUUUGUGUUCGGAGAUUGCUUUGUCUCAGAUUUUAUCUUUCGACCAUUCUCUAACUUAUGCUUGUUCUGGCCAAGAUACUCUAUGGUAAGUUGGUUUUGGUUCUCGAUCUCUUUUCAGCUUCAGACCUUUAUUGAGUUAGCGUUAUUAUGUCAUUUUAGUUUUCUUUAUGAUUGUGGAGGUUUUAGGGUUAGAUUAUGUGUUUGCUCUAGUUUAUUAUUCUUAUUUUGGUUAUUUUAUAAUUUUUAAUAGUAAAAAUAAAAAUAUAAUUUGUAAAUAAAAUACUGUAAAAUAGUAAAAAAUAAUAAUAUAAUGAAAGUUUAUGUUAUUUUUAGUUGAUAAUAAAUUAAAUAUUUAAAAUAUAUUUAUAUUAUUUUAUUUAUUUCUUUAUUCAUAUUGAAUUUCAAAUUACCAAUAAAAUAGAUGAUUAGAUUUUAUGUGGUGAUGAUUAGUGCAAGAAGGAUUAGAUAAUACACAAUUAGAAAAUGUUAAGCUAAAUUGCAAUAAUCUAAAAGAAAAAUGAUAUAAAAUGUAAAAAGAAAAAAUAUGAAAACACAUGUUAUCAAACCCAUUUUCCACAUGUGAAAAGAAGGAAAAAAUGUCUACUUUAUAUAUAUAGAUAGAUGGUAUACAUGUUAGAUUAUGGUUACUUUUUUCUCUUGUUGGAAUUCAAUCAAAUGCAUUUUCUAUGACAUCCGUGUGUUGCGUAGGUCUUUUACCUCUAUUUCUUUCGAUUUUAUCCCCACAAGUUGUAAUGUUGUUGAUGAUGGUUUACCAAGACAGCUUUGUUUGAAUCUUCUUUCUCUAUGAGGAUGAGUAACUCUAUAUGCUUUUGAAUUUAAAGUAAUGAAAGAUUUGAUACAAAAAAUAUAUAUAAUAUAGGAAAGAUUCAGAGUUUUCAGAUGUAUUUAAUUUUGAAAAUGUAAAUCUAAUGUCAAUAAGAUCAGCUGGGUUUAGAUUGCGAAAUUAUACUAUAGUUUGUUGUAUAGUACAUCUAGAAGUAAACGUACGUAACAAAUUCAGCUAGAGUUCUUUUUGUUUUUUGAACUAUCAGCUAGAGUUCUUUUAACGAACUAUAUGCAUUUUCGUUUCAACUUUCAAGCUACGCAAGGGCAAAUAUUUAUAUACCAAAUCCAAUAACGAAAUCCAUUAACAACUAUAUAUUGCUUCUUAAACAAGGGUUAACAAGUAUAUAUUGUUCUUAUUCUUUUAUAUGCAAAUUCUUUCUUUGAAUAUCAUCCCCACAAUUACUCUGCGAACGCCAUGACACAUCAUAUUAUCAUUACCUAAUCUUGAUUUUUGGUAUAAAUAUAUUGCUUAUUUAACUUAUUUGUUGAAUGACUCGUAUAUUGUAGACUAAUAGACUUGUCACACACUGUGAGAAAUAAUAUUUACAUAAAAUCGUGACGAAUGCAUAAAACUUUAGUUUUGUCAUGGCUCCUUUUCCCACAUGUAUAUAUAUACACAUACAAUAGACCGUAGAUAGCUACGAAAGAAAGAAUCAAAUCUUCAAUAAUCCUUAAUAAAAUUAGGGUUCUUAAGAAAAAAAUGGGAAGAUCACCGUGUUGCGAUCAAGACAAAGACGUGAAGAAAGGACCGUGGAUGCCCGAAGAAGAUGAUAAGCUCAGGGCUUAUAUAAAUAAGAAGGGUUAUGGGAAUUGGCGGUCGCUUCCAAAGCUCGCUGGACUUAACCGCUGCGGUAAGAGCUGUCGUCUCCGGUGGAUGAAUUAUCUCCGGCCUGAUAUCCGGCGAGGCGAGUUCUCCGACGAAGAAGAGAGUAAUAUCGUUAGACUCCAUGCCCUUCUUGGCAACAAAUGGUCGAAGAUUGCGAGUCAUCUACCAGGAAGAACAGAUAACGAAAUAAAAAACUAUUGGAACACUCAUAUGAGGAAGAAGAUGUUGCAAAUGAGGAUUGAUCCAACCACGCACGAGCCAAGAACCAACGAUCUUACCCCUAUACUCGACGUUUCUCAAAUGCUUGCGGCGGCUUUUAGUAAUGGGCAAUUUGGUAACAGUAACCUCUUCAACAACAACACUGCUUUGGAAAAUCAUCUCAAACUCCAAUUAAUCCAUAAAAUGCUUCAAAUGAUAACCCCCAAAGCCGUACCAAACAUCAAUAGCUUCUGUACCAACUCAUUGAUUCCUAAACAUGAGCCUGUAGUCAAUGAUUUCAAUACAAAUUCAGUGAAUCCUAAACCGGAGCCGGGGGCUGGACAACUGAAUGCUAUUGGUGGUCAACAGGUUUUCAUAAACAAAAGUGACAAUGAAGAUUUCAUGCCAUCUUUUGGACAUGACUGGGAUGGUUUUGAAGAUAACCAGCUUCCUGGUUUGGUUACGGUUUCUCAGGAGAAUCUGAAAUCAGCUAAACCAGGUACCAAUACUACCACUGAGGUAAAUUAUAAAACCGGACCCGACAUGAUGCCGGGUUAUUGUGGUGAUCAAUUACGUGAAAUCCCAUCUACUGGUUUGAUAUCGGUUUCUCCUGAAACAUCCGGUUUAAAAUAUCGUGGUACGACUCAACACUCAUCAGCUUCAGAUGUCCUAGAGGACUGGGAGAAGUUCCUUGAUGAUGAAACAAGUGACUCUUGCUGGAAAAGUUUCUUAGACUUAACGUCGCCCACAUCGUCACCCUGCCCGUUGUAGAAGUGGAUAUUGUUUAAACAACAUUCAUACACAAAAACGUCCAUUUAAUGUUAUAAAAUUUUGUAACAAAAUUAUUGAUUUAUAUGUUUGUAUUGAUUUUCUUAUGAAGGAAUGUAUGAAUUGUAUUCCUUCUCUUUGGUUUGUUUGUUGGAUAAAAAAACACAUUGUAAUCACUUUUCUAUAUUUAAUUUUUAAUCAAAAUUUGUAGUAAUAUAAAUUGAUUGAGGAACAUUACAAAACUUUUAAUUGCUAUUUGAUCACAUGUUAUGCCAUCAAAAAUAACUAAGAAUAACGAUUUCUAUUAUUUAUAUAAAACGAGAUAUGAGCCUGUUGCGUUGCAACGGAUUUUGUUUGCGGUUUUAAUUUAAUAAAAACCAUAAAAUAAUAAAUCAUUUUAUUAUAGUAUUAUGAUUAUUUUUUUGCAUAUGUUGUUUGAGAUUUAUUUUAUAACUAAAACUUGUUUUCACACAUAAGGUUAAGUUAAUAUUUCUAUUUUAUUACCAUGGUACAUAGAUGACUUGUUAUAAACUUUAUACUUAGGAUUAGAGAAAAUACUAUACAUAAACAUUUAAACUAAAAGUUAAGAAAUGAAAGUUAAAUACACCAAUCGAAUUAAUGACAACAUUAUCCAUAUUCUUAUGUAUUAAUUUAAUGUUUAAUUAAAUAAGGCUUUAAAAUUUUAUUUUGCUAUGAUUUUUUUUUUAAAAUGGAAAACAUUCUAUUUUAUAAAUCUCCUAUUUAUUUAUAAUUAAAAAAUAAAAAACAAUAUUAAAUACUCUUUUACAAUUUUGUUUAAGAUCUUAGAAAAGUUAAAUUACUAUCAUAUAACCUAGUACAGUUAUCUUCUCUGUAGAAUUUCAGAAAAAAAUAUUUUCCAUCAAAUAAUUAUUUUUAGUUAUUAACAAAUAUUUUUAAAAUUGCUAUUUUUACCAUUCAUAUCAAUACUUAUUUUACACUUCUUUUGUUAAAUAAAUAAUUUUUACUAUCAUGCUCAUCAUCAAACACUCUCUUACAAAUAAUAUCAUAUAAAUUUUUACAAUUCUCUUUUCGUUAGGACAUAAAAAUAUUAUACAAAUUUCUUUUGUUUUGGACUUUUUUUAUAAAAAAA